GUACGCCAUGACUUUUUGACCGGUUCGACUCAUUUCCUGUCAUUUAUCAAUUCUCCAAAUUCCCGUAACUAAAAAUCAUUCAAGAUGAACGAGUCGCCGGAAGAUUUGAACUAUGAUUGUAACUACAACAUGUUCUUGGCGAAGACCAUGCUAUCAAACUUGUCUAAGAGCGAAGAUAGGCACAAAGCGGUGCGAUGGAUGAGGAAGUUGGCUCAGUGCAACAGAUCUUUGGAAGAGAUGAAACUAAGAAAUGAUUUCAUGUAUUAUUUGGUGAUCAACAUACAAUCGGGGGAGUUACAACCUCCUUUCACCGACAAUCCGCCUCAAGCGCCUUUACCUACCAUUGCUCAUUUAUUGCCAGGGGGAGUUGGCAUCGAUCUGGAAAAAGAGGCGGAAUGGGCGGAUCCAAAACAUGGCGGUAAAGAUCCCAAACCACUACUGUACGAGAAUUCACCAGAUGGUGGGGAAUUUUUGGCCGCUCAGCCUGUACCAAGAUGUGGAGCUUUUUGUUACUUAGCCGUUGUUGCCAGACCUAGCAAUCUGAAAGAUUAAUGUAUUCGCUCCAAUAUUUACGUCCCAAAUAAAGUUCUAAUAGUA